UUCUCUUAUAUUCUAUAGAUCGCAUUCAAGAGAUUACUGAGUAAUUGACGCGGAAACCACGUCUUGACCUCACCGGUAUUAGCAGUCAGUGCUGAGUAUUUGAUAUUGAACUAACAUUUACGAAGCUCAGUUCAGUCUCAUUCGGCCAGUGGAUCAUUGCGUUAGUUUGACACGGAAGAACGAAAGAACGGCGAUUAAUAACCCGAGAAAAGUAUGAAGAAAAGGAGUGUUAUUAUACUGCAGAUUGCAUUGCACACAGUGCUCUCGGCCGCGUCCGUGCGUGCAUAUGCUGCUGAUUCUGCUGGUUCGUCCAAAUUGGAAGCGCGUGCUUUUUUCGAACGUGAAAAUGAGUUGCUGCGUCAACGUCGUCGCAAUGAGUUCCUCACCUCGUACGAAUACAACACAAAUGUAACAGAGGAAAAUCGCAAAGCAAUGAUUGCUGUAGCCACAGCAAAUGCAGCUGCAAAUAAGGAGAUGACACACAAUGUCAUCGCAUCGGGAUAUAUUGAAUCACCCGAUGAGGAUAUCCGACGCCAAGCCACUAUUCUUGGCGACUUAGGCAUAGAUGUGUUGCCUGAAGAUGACUAUAAGGAAUUGUUAAAUGCAGUCAGUUCAAUGCAGUCAAAUUACGCUACUACCACUGUAUGCCCAUAUAAUAAGGAGGGGAAUUGCACGCUACAAUUAGAGCCACACAUACAGGAGCGUCUUUCCAAUAGUCGCGAUCCGAAGGAGUUGAAGCACUACUGGCGCGAGUGGUACAACAAAGCGGGUACGCCAAUGCGCGAGAAUUUCAAAAAAUAUAUUGAGCUGAGCCGCAAGGCAGCGCGUUUGAAUGGUUAUACCUCUUACGCGGACUAUUGGAUUCACUUCUAUGAAGACCCCGACUUCGAAUCAAAUCUAGACAAAGUAUACAAAGCCAUACUGCCGCUCUAUCGUGAAAUACACGGCUAUGUUCGUUAUCGCCUGCGCGCUUUUUAUGGUGAUGAAAUAGUGCCGGAAAAUGGCAACAUACCCAUGCAUUUGUUGGGGAAUAUGUGGGGUCAACAAUGGGAUAAUGCGCUGCCACUCUUCACGCCAUACCCCGAGAAGCCAUUUGUUGAUGUGACCGGCGAAUUGCAGCGUCAAAAUUACACAGUGCGAAAACUCUUUGAGCUCGGUGAUCAAUUUUUCCAAUCGCUCGGUAUGCGUGCGCUACCAAAAAGCUUCUGGGACUUAAGUGUGCUGACACGCCCGGCCGAUCGCGAAAUAAUUUGCCACGCCUCGGCCUGGGACCUGUAUCAGGAUAGUGAUGUGCGCAUUAAAAUGUGCACCGAAGUCAAUACCCACUACCUGUAUGUGGUGCAUCAUGAACUCGGCCACAUACAGUACUAUUUGCAAUAUGAAAACCAACCGACCGUUUUUCGUGGAGCACCCAAUCCCGGCUUCCACGAGGCUGUGGGUGACGUUAUCGCACUUUCAGUGGCUACACCUAAGCAUCUUAAAACGAUUGGACUCUCGAAUGUAGACCAAUUGGAUGAAGAGAGUCGUAUAAAUGAAUUGUUUAAGAAUGCGCUUAAAAAAAUCGUAUUCCUGCCUUUUGCCUACACAAUGGACAAAUAUCGCUAUGCCGUCUUCCGUGGUGAGGUUGAAGAAUCCAAAUGGAAUUGUGCCUUCUGGCAAAUGCGUUCUGAGUUCUCUGGUGUUGAGCCGCCGAUUCGUCGCACAGACGACGACUUUGAUCCACCAGCAAAAUAUCACAUCGACGCCGACGUUGAAUACUUGCGUUACUUUGCGGCGCACAUAUUUCAAUUUCAAUUUCUUAAGGCCAUGUGCAUUAAAUCGGGACAGUAUGUGAAAGGUGAUCCCGAAAAAACAUUGGACAAUUGUGACAUUUACAACAGCAAAGAAGCGGGCGCAGCUUUUGGCAAAUUCCUCUCACUUGGCACUUCCACACACUGGAAGAAGACGCUCAAAGAGUUUACUGGCGAAACUGAAAUGGAUCCCUCUGCGCUCAUGGAGUAUUUUGAGCCACUCACCAAAUGGUUGCAGGCAGAAAAUCAACGCUUGAAAGUGCCAAUCGGCUGGGGUGAUACCGACAAAUCGGCGAUCUUCUACGGGCUAAGUUUGUAUAAAAGUCAGUCAACUGUUACUCAGCGCUUUAGUUUGCGUGGCGCGCUCUUCAUGCGCGUGAGUUCCUCUGCCUUAAGUUUGUGCAAUUUGAAACUCAAAAUUGAAAUUCAAAAAUAUAAUUUACUCAACAUGAAACUUAUUAUCGUAGCGCUUUUGGCCACAUUGGCGUUGCACAGCGUCCAGGCAAAUCCAACAGAUGAGAUUAGCGCCGCUGAAUACCUUACGAACCUCAACAAAGAGAUAGCACGUCGCACAAACCUCGAGACAGAAGCCUCCUGGGCAUACGCCUCCAACAUUAAUGCAGAGAAUGAGCGCAAGAAGAACGAAAUCUCCGCCGAGGUGGCCAAAUUCCAGAAGCAAGUUGCACUUGAUAUACAAAAAUUCAAUUGGCAGACAUUUAGGUCGGAAGAUUUGCGCCGCCAAUUCAGAAUGCUCUCGAAAUUGGGCUACUCAGCGCUCAGCGAGUCUGAUUAUGCGGAAUACUUGGACGUGAUGUCUACCAUGGAGUCGAAUUUCGCCAAAGUUCGUGUUUGUGAUUUCAAUAAUGCCACCAAAUGCGAUCUCUCGCUUGAUCCGGAAGUUGAAGACAUCAUUUCAAGCAGUCGCGAUCCCGAGGAGUUGAAAUACUAUUGGCGUGAAUUUUACGCAAAGGCCGGAACCGCUGUGCGCCCUUCCUUUGAAAAAUAUGUGAAACUGAAUACCAAGGCAGCCAAGUUGAAUAAUUUCACCUCUGGCGCUGAAUUGUGGCUGGAUGAGUACGAAGACGACACCAUUGAGAAGCAACUUGAGGACAUUUUCGACGAAUUGCGUCCACUCUAUCAACAAGUGCAUGGUUAUGUGCGCUAUCGUCUGCGUCAAUUCUAUGGCGAUGAAAUUGUAUCUGAGAAGGGGCCCAUCCCAAUGCAUCUGCUUGGCAAUAUGUGGGCUCAACAGUGGUCGAGCGUUGCUGAUAUUAUCGCACCCUUUCCCGAGAAACCGCUUAUUGAUGUGACCAAUGAGAUGGUUGCACAAGGCUACACGCCGUUGAAGAUGUUCCAGUUGGGUGAUGAUUUCUUCCAGUCGAUGAACUUAACCAAGUUGCCACAAGAUUUCUGGGAUAAGAGUAUUUUGGUGAAGCCAGACGAUGGUCGCGACUUGAUUUGCCAUGCCAGCGCCUGGGACUUCUUUGUGGUGGAUGAUGUGCGCAUCAAGCAAUGUACGCGUGUGACGAUGGACCAAUUUUUCACGGUACACCACGAAUUGGGCCACAUUCAAUACUUCCUGCAAUACCAACAUUUGCCCUUCCUCUACCGCAACGGCGCUAAUCCUGGUUUCCAUGAGGCAGUUGGAGAUGUGCUCUCACUCUCGGUGUCCACACCCAAGCAUUUGGAGCUUGUUGGUCUGUUGAAGAACUAUAAACGCGACGAAGAGGCGCGCAUCAAUCAACUCUUCUUGGCUGCGUUGGAUAAGAUUGUUUUCCUGCCCUUCGCCUUCACCAUGGAUAAAUACCGGUGGGCAUUGUUCCGUGGUGAAGUGGACAAAAAGGAAUGGAACUGCGCUUUCUGGAAGUUGCGUGAGGAGUACUCUGGCAUUGAACCACCGGUCGUCCGCACUGAAAACGAUUUUGAUGCACCAGCUAAAUAUCACGUGUCCGCCGAUGUGGAGUACCUAAGAUAUUUGGUUUCGUUCAUCAUUCAAUUCCAAUUUUACAAAUCUGCUUGUAUCAAGGCUGGUCAGUACGAUCCCUCUAACCCAGAACUGCCUUUGGACAACUGUGAUAUCUACGGCAGUUUUGAAGCGGGUCAAGCUUUCAAAAACAUGCUUUCCUUGGGCGCCUCAAAACCAUGGCCCGACGCAUUGGAGGCCUUCAAUGGUGAACGCACGAUGAGCGGCAAAGCUAUAGCAGAAUACUUCGAACCACUCCGCGAGUGGCUGGAAGCAGAGAAUAAGAAGAAUAACGUACACAUUGGCUGGUCGUCGUCGGACAAAUGUGUUUCUUUGUGAGCUCGGCUCGUUCCCCUGAUGAGUCAAAGCGAAUAACUGCAUGCUGGCAUUGAGUUUGAAGUCUAUUAAAUUAAAAAAUUUGAAUUCCUUAAAAAUUUGUAAACUUUUUUCGAUAAAAAAUUCAGUAUUAAAAAUUAAUGCAUAAA